AUGGUUUCUGCACUGCCUUAUACCCUCCUCUUCAUGCUGUUUCUCCUGCUGCCUUUUUCCACAAUUGCUCAAACUUAUAGCAACAUAACUCUGGGAUCGUCACUCACUGCACAGAACAAUGGUUCUUUUUGGGCAUCGCCUUCUGGUGAAUUUGCUUUUGGAUUCCAACAGGUUGGGGCAGGAGGUUUCUUACUAGCUAUUUGGUUCAACAAGAUACCUGAAAAGACCAUAAUUUGGUCAGCUAAUGGUAAUAGUCUAGGGCAAAGAAGAUCCAUAGUUCAGCUUACUGCAGAUGGCCAGUUGGUGUUGACUGAUCCGAAAGGCAAACAGAUAUGGGAUGCUGGUAGUGGAGUCUCCUAUGCAGCCAUGGUUGACACUGGAAAUUUUGUGCUGGUGGGCCAAGAUUCUGUCACUUUGUGGGAGAGUUUUGGUGAGCCAACUGACACAAUAUUACCCACACAGGAGUUGAAUCAAGGCGGCAAACUGGUUGCUCGAUUCUCAGAAACAAAUUACUCAAAUGGGAGAUUCAUGUUUACACUACAAGCUGAUGGAAAUCUCGUGAUGUACACCAGAGAUUUCCCAAUGGAUUCUACAAAUUUUGCUUAUUGGUCAACCCAAACUGUGGGCAGUGGCUUUCAGGUAAUCUUCAACCAAUCUGGCUACAUAGUUCUUACUGCCAGGAACAAAAGCAUACUUAAUCUAGUAUCAUCAAGUGAAACAUCCACAGAAGACUUCUAUCAGAGAGCUAUUCUUGAAUAUGAUGGAGUCUUCAGGCAGUAUGUAUACCCAAAGUCUGCUGGCUCAAGUUCAGGGAGGUGGCCCAUGGCAUGGUCCCCUUCGCCCUCCAUACCUGGAAAUAUCUGUAUGAGAAUUACAGAAAAUACAGGUGGUGGCGCUUGCGGGUUCAACAGUUACUGCAUAUUAGGAGAUGAUCAGAGACCAAAUUGCAAAUGCCCCACAGGUUAUGACUUCCUAGAUCAAAGUGACAAGAUGAGUGGAUGCAAACAGAAUUUUGUCACACAAAAUUGUGAUCAAGCAUCACGAGAAACAGAUCAAUUUUAUUUUCAAGAGAUGCCUAAUACAGAUUGGCCACUAUCUGAUUAUGGAUAUUUUCAACCAGUGUCUGAGGAUUGGUGCAGAGAAGCUUGCCUGACAGAUUGUUUUUGUGCUGUUGCCAUUUUCAGAGAUGGUAAUUGCUGGAAGAAAAAAAUUCCACUCUCAAAUGGGAGGAUUGAUCCUAGUGUUGGUGGAAAAGCUCUGAUUAAGUUAAGGCAAGGCAAUUCUACCACAAAACCUGGAGAUGGAGAUUCAAAUAAGAAGCAUCAAUCAACCCUGAUUCUCACUGGAUCAGUGCUGUUAGGUAGCUCAGUGUUUCUGAACUUCCUUUUCUUUCUAGCAACUGUUCUAUUCAUUUUCCGCUUCAAUAAUAGAAAAACGAAGAUGCUUCACACAUAUCUUUCCACUCUGGGAAUGAAUCUGCGAAGUUUCACUUACAAUGAGCUAGAUGAAGCUACAGAUGGAUUCAAGGAAGAACUGGGGAGAGGUGCUUUUGCAACAGUAUACAAAGGGGUCCUUGCUUAUGAAAAAGGGAAACUUGUAGCAGUCAAGAAGUUUGAGAAGAUGAUGAGAGAAAACGAGCAGGAAUUCCAAACAGAAGUGAAAGCAAUUGGCCAGACAAAUCACAAGAAUUUAGUCCAACUGCUAGGAUUUUGCAAGGAGGGGGAACACCGGCUUCUGGUAUAUGAAUUCAUGAGCAAUGGUUCCUUGGAAAAAUUUCUCUUUGGAAACUCAAGGCCUAAUUGGCACAAAAGAAUACAGAUUGCCUUUGGAAUCGCAAGAGGGCUCUUUUACUUGCAUGAAGAGUGCAGCACUCAAAUCAUACAUUGCGAUAUCAAGCCCCAAAACAUACUUCUAGACGACUCAUUCAGUGCAAGAAUUUCUGACUUCGGAUUAGCCAAACUCUUGAAGACAGACCAAACUAGAACCACAACUGGAAUCCGGGGAACCAAAGGUUAUGUUGCCCCUGAAUGGUUCAAGAGCAUGCCUAUUACAGUCAAGGUUGAUGUUUACAGCUUUGGUAUUUUGUUACUAGAGCUCAUUUGCUGCAGGAAGAAUCUUGAGUUUGAGGCAAAGGAUGAAACUCAGAUGAUUUUAGCUGAUUGGGCGUAUGAUUGCUACAAAGGAGGAUUGCUAGAAGUGCUAGUGGGAUAUGAUCAGGAGGCAAUAGUUGAAAUGAAGAGACUAGAGAAGUUUGUGAUGAUUGCAAUAUGGUGCAUCCAGGAGGAUCCAUCUCUAAGGCCUACCAUGAAGAAAGUCACCCAGAUGCUUGAAGGAGCUGUUGAAGUCUCUGUUCCUCCAGACCCCUGCUCUUUCAUCAGUUCAAUCUAAAUCCUGAUACAUAAAUGUGUGUUUCAAUUAUUGGUAGUUUUGGCUUGUUUGUAUGAUAAGUAAAUAUGGUGUGGUUAGGGACAUCUGUCAUUAGUAGAAUUGGAUGAUUAUCACCAUCAUCCAAGUAUGUAUAAAGCAAAAGAAACAGCUAUGUUCUUGCUUGAAAAGAGUAAAUCCAAUAGUCUAGUUACUCAAAUCUAUAAUUUUG